AUGGCUCUCCGAACAGCACGUACCCUUAUUCAACCAACUGCUGAAUUAAACAUAGAAGAUCUAAAGCUCAUAUUCCAUAUAAUACCAUCCCCUAACCCAACCAAAAACAAAUACCUUAUUCAUGUCCACGCCUGCUCUCUCUCCGCAGGGGAACUCCUCUGGCCAAGAAACUUCCCCCCACCUCAGUCCUGCACUCUCAUUCCCUGCCCUAACAUCUCCAGCACUAUUGUCUCUGCAUCUCUUGACUCCCCCUUUCAACCGGGUGCUGAGAUAUACGCACAGACAAACUACAUCCGUCCCGGAAAUGCUCGGGAUUACACAAUAGCAAUCACAGAUGAGCUUGCCCUGAAGCUGAGGGACUUGAGUUGGGUUGAAGCUGCAGCGGUGCCGGUAUCAACUGAGACAGCAUGGCAGAUACUCUUCAUCCACACAGGAAUCAUGCUGCCUGGGGCUGAGAUAGAUAGAAUCCUGGUUACAGCUGCGUCCGGGGGUGUUGCGGCAAGGAUAUUAAAGAUCAAGAUAGUGGGAACGUGUGAACCCGACAAUGUCGAGCUUGUGCGAUCAAUGGGUGCGGAGAAGAUUAUGGAUUAUCAAGGUACUGACCUGAAGAUCUGGGUGAAGUACAAGGCGGUAAGAAAGAUAGAUAUGAUGGUUAAUUAUACUGUCAAGAAAGGAGAGACGGUUCUGAGUAUUGUGCAGCCGCCCGACGGAGUCCGUCCGUGGAGUGAGAAGGGUGGAGUGAGAGAUGUCUUUUUUGUGAUGCAGUCCAGUGGAAAACAGCUAGGGAUGAUUACUAAGUUGAUGGAGAAGGGAAAGUGCCGGGGUAUGGUGGAUAGUGUGUGGCCAUUGGAAAAGUUUCGGCCAGUGUUUGAAAGAUUGGACACCGGGCAUACCUGUGGAAAAAUCAUGCUGGAUUUAGCUUUAAAUCAGUAAGAUUACUUAUAUGGAUUCUUUUAAUUACUGAAACCAUCCAGCGUAUCUUCCAGACUCUGAGCCUAGAGGGACAGCUCUUUGUUGUAAUAGAGGACCACCGUUGCGUUUUAUGAUGAUCUUUCAUCUAAUAUGGCUUUCCAGUGGGGUUCAAGCUGCCCAGUGUUUUUGUUUUCCCCGAGCUCUCUGAUCUUGUUUUGGGUG